AUGGCGUUCGAUCCCUCCUACCCAGAAGACUUCAAAAAAGCCCUAAGCAACACAAUCUCAGACAAAGAGAUUGACCAAUUCCUCAAACGCGGCGGCUCCCCUCGCUUCGUUUAUGGGGUCUUGAUGCUACCAACCGUCCUCAAAUACUACAUCGAUGGAGACCAAGGGGUCAAAAUUCACAAGCAAAUGACCCAGGCCACAUUACCUGGCUAUCAACUUUACGAAUUCGCGAAUUCCAGCGCUCCGGUCAUCGCCCGUUCCAACAAUCCUCAGGCCAAUGUCAAGGGCAUGCUGGUUUUCAAUCUCAGUGAUGAAGAGAGGAACUCAAUUUACGAGUUUGAGAGUGGCUUGAUGCGGCUUUCGAGUGUGGAGGUGGAUAUCAUUCAGAAGAGUUACCUGGGCAAUGUGCAUGAUAUGCGGAGGAUCGAUGCUGGGGCUUUUGUAUGGGAUGAAAGCGUGCAUCUGACGAGUCCUAUGAUUGGACUUAAGGUCACGCGUGGUACCAAGUGGGAUCUUGUUCCUUACCUUCAAGGUCGGUUCUAUCGGGAUAUCAAAGCGUCACAGUGUCGGGGUGUUCUUGAGAAGAAGGUCAUGGAAUCUCAGACGGAGCAAUCGACUAAGGCUCAAAAAGAUGGGCCUACAUCUUGUGGUUCUCUCACAAUGGCGACAAAGGUGAGUGCGAAUGAGCUCAUUGACGAUGAGGAAGAUAGCUCCGAGUACUCGAGUGCCAAUAGCGAAAUCUUCAUGUACUCCCUCGACGAGCGGGAGGCAAACUCCUGA